UUCUCUGUGGGGAUACAAGAGACUAACGUCUUUCAGUUCCUAAUCAAGAUGUACAGCCAGCAAAUGAGUUAACUCUUAUCAUUAUUGCUUAGUCCAUUUAGAAAGAGUCUUAAAAAUUAUACUAAUGUCCACAAGCGAACAAAAUGUGGGCAGUGAAAUUCCUCAAUAUGUUUCAUGUAUGCUAUAUCAAUGAAGUCCCCAACUCAUCUGUGGUGAAUAGAAUAUAGUAAAAUAAUACCAUAAAACUACAACAAAUGCAAGCCAGCAUUCUGCCAUCUGCCAGGGAGAAGGUGACAAUUUUAAGUGGUUCACAGCUGUCAAUGAUCAUUUUCCCAAACCUAGCAUUAUAAAGUUCCUCCUUUCCUCUCUUGAGAACCAGAAUUUCAUAUUUUGAAAUGUAUGCAGCCAUUGGGGUUUACUGCACUAGGUUCCAUGGAUGUUGCAGUCAGAUAGCUCCCAAUGGAAAGGGUGUAUCUCUCCUAGCAUUCAAGGCCGAUUUCCUAUUCCAUGGAGGAAUGCUUGUUUCAUCUUCCAAGACCAUUGCCCUCCACUCUCCCCACUUAGCUCUCUCAGAGACUAAAGCAGAUUCUGUAUUUGCAGGUAGAAGUGAGGACAAGGGAAGCACAGAGCCUGAAGCUUCACUUGUUCUUCUAAACAAAUUCUUGCUUGCUUCUGUCCAUAAAAGGGGUCUACAUGGACUUGGUCUUGAUGUCAAGCAAGGAGUUGUACCCUGCUUCAAUGGGUUUGCACUCGAUGUUUUCCAAACAAAGCAACAAGCAAAGCAUUCGAGCCAAGGAGAAAAGAGAAUUACUCUCACAAACAAUCAACUGAGUCAACAUACUACCAGAUGAAUUCAAAAUCAAUUGGGCUAUAAUCAAACACAAUAUACUACCAGUUGAAUUCAAAAUCAACAGCCAAUAGCAUAUGUUUAUACCCCUUGUAAUGACAGAUGAUCAGGCAUAGCUUUUAAAGAUUUUUGGUUUUUUUAUAUUUUGAUGAUAAAGCAUUUAAUGUGAUUCGAAAUGUUGAUGAAAAACUCUUAACACAAUCUAAUCUAGAAACAAUAAUGAUCAACCAUCAUUACUUCCAAUAUCGAUACAAGAGUUUUACAGCUAAAAAAUUGUAAAAAACAAUAAGAAUUGUAAUUACAGCUUAAAAAAAAUUG